AUGGCCGCCUCCACCCUGUCCACCUGCUCCAGUGACUUGAGCUAUGGCAGCCGGGUCUGCCACCCUGAGUCCUGGGGCUCUUGCACCAGCCUCUCCUGGCAGGCGGACGACUGCCCCGAGAGCUGCUGUGAGGCCCCUUGCUACACCUCCAGCUGCUGCGAAUCCAGCUGCUGUGACCUGGCCCCCUGCCUGACCCUUGUCUGCACCCCCAUGAGCUGCGGGUGCAGCCCCUGCCAGUCAGCCUGCACCAGCUUGUGCAUACCCUCCUGCUGCCAGCUGUCUAGCUGCCAGCCCUCUAGCUGUACCUCCUCCCCAUGCCAGCAGGCCUGCUGUGUGCUCAUGUGCUGUAAACCCAUGUGCUGUAAGCCCCUCUGCUGUGUGCCCAUGUGCUGCGAGCCUGUGUGCUGUGUGCCCAUCUGCUCUGGGGCUGCCCCCUGCCCAGCUCCCCCGUGCUGCCAGCCCACCCCCUGCCCCCUGUCCUGCUGCAGACCCUCCUCCUGCGUGUCCAGGCCCGCCUGCUGUGUGCCCACCUCCCCCUGCUAUGCCCCUGCCUCCCCCUGCCAGCCCAGCUGCUGCCGCCCGGCCUCCUGCAUGUCCCUGCUCUGCCGCCCCUCAUGCUCCUCUGCUCUGGUGCUGCAUGCAGCCCCUGUCUGA